AUGUCCGAGUGGAUUUCGACAUUUCCCGGUUACACACUGGUGGUAUCCCGUGUGAAAAAGACCGUCGGCAGCAUUAUCAGAACCGGCCCGACUCCUCGCCAUGUAGGUGUCAUUAUGGAUGGUAACCGAAGAUACGCCAAAAACCACAAAAUCGAGCUCAAAGAGGGCCACAACUUGGGCUUCGACUCGAUGGCAAAUAUCCUCGAGCUUCUAUACGAAUCUGGUGUCGAAUGUGCCACAGUUUACGCCUUUUCCAUCGAGAAUUUCAAAAGGCUGCGUUAUGAGGUUGAGUGGUUGAUGGACUUGGCCAGGUCCAAGUUCCAGCAAAUAAGCCAGCAGGGUGAGCUUUGUGAGAAGUACGGCAUCAAAAUCAGAAUCUUGGGUAACGUUGCUCUAUUGCCGCAAGACGUUCAAAAGAUAUUAGCAGAAACAGAAGAAAUCACGAAAGACAACACCCGAGCAGUCUUGAACGUUUGUUUUCCGUACACGUCGAGAGAUGAAAUGACUAAUUCGGUGAAGAAGAUCGUUACCCAGGCGGUCAAAGAUACCUCAGUUUUCAUCGAUGAGUCUACUAUCGACGACUUCUUGUACACUUCGGAGUCUCCUCCGUUGGAUAUCUUGGUCCGCACAAGUGGAACCUACAGGCUAUCGGACUUUUUAUUGUGGCAAGCGGUGCCCUCAUCGUGUGCCAUCAUGUUCAGCAAUAAGUUAUGGCCCGACUUUACUGCUUGGGACAUGAUUAAGAUGCUACUCACGUGGAGCUUCAAUGUCUACUGGUACGGAAGUGGUAACGGUAACCCAAGCUCUGCAUCCAUGAAGCAAGAACUCACAUCAGAAUCACACGCCAAGGCGGAGAUUGAACUUUCUCCUCUGCCUGGCUUGUCUUCCUCCACAACUGCAUACGAGCGUUUCCAGGACAACUCCAGCGAUAGCGAUCGUGACUCGCUAGUGAAGUCGGAUAUCGAGAACAAUACUUCCAAUCUGUCGAUGACUUCAGAUGUCGCCAAACGCUCCAACAGAUUGGAUAUUGCUCUUUCAACCAACUUACCCAUCGCUCUUAUCUUCCUUCCGGCCGCUGAUAUUCCUACUUUCGUCGGCGAGGGUAAAUGUGACUUGGGAAUCACAGGUUUAGAUCAGGUCAAGGAAGCCGAUAUGUUGAAGUCAGUUGAGCUCUUGUUGGAUUUGCAAUUCGGCAAGUGUAAAUUGCAGGUCCAGGUCCCUGAGAUUGGAUCUUACGAUGAGCCAGAGCAGUUGCUUGGAAAGAAGAUCGUCACAUCAUUCACAAGGCUAGCUAGCAAUUACUUUGCCGAGAUCGAGAAGGUCCAUGGCAUGGAAGAAGGAAGCACGAAAAUUACCUACGUCGGUGGUUCCGUGGAAGCAUCUUGUGCAUUGGGCGUCGGUGAUGCCAUCGUUGACUUGGUGGAGUCUGGAGAGACAAUGAAGGCUGCUGGUUUGAAACCUAUCGCUACUGUCUUGGACACCUCGGCUCACUUGAUUGUGUCCAAAAAGCCUCGUUUCCCUGACUUGGUGAAAAUCAUUCACCAAAGAUUUGAAGGUAUCUUGGCUGCUCAAAGAUUUGUCUUGUGUACCUACAAUGCUCCAAGAUCCAUAGUCCCUGAGGUUUUGAAAAUUACUCCAGGCAGAAGAGCUGCUACUAUCUCAGCUUUGGAAAACCGCGAGGAGACGGAUGAGCCAUGGGUUGCAAUUUCGUCCAUGGUCGAAAAGGCUAGAAUCAGUGAUGUUAUGGACGACUUGAAAAAAUGUGGUGGUACUGAUAUCUUGGUAUUUGAUAUCAACAACUGCAGAGUAUAG